AUGGAGGGAGCAAAAGAAACUGGAGCGGAGAUAACGGUUGAUUCAAAGGAGUUACAGCAACAAAGCAAAGCUUUCGACAAGCUUACAGAUCGCGUUGAGGAUCGUCAGCUCAAUUCGUCUCGUGUUCAAUCGGCUAUGGCUUCGAUUGCUGCAUUUAGGGAGGCUGACCUCAAUGCUAAGAGAUUGAGGUAA